AUGGUGGUCCCACACAUGGCAAUCAAAGAGCAAACUCUGAAGUGCACUGGGAAUGACCCUCUUCAUAUUCCACAUGAAUGGUACCAGGCAGGUGAACUCCUCAUUGGUGGGAUUGCAUCUCAUAUUCAUUACAUGUCCCCCAAUAUUGUGUUUGACAAGCACCCUUCGGAGGAAACGAUUCCGUUCCCAAUCGUGCUGACAAAGUUCUACCAGCACAUCUUGGCCUUGGUGUUUGCCAUUAAUGAGAUCAAUGAGAAUCCCAAGAUCUUGCCCAAUGUCACUCUCGGAUUCCACAUCUAUGACAGCUACUACAAUGUAAGAAUGACAUAUCGUACUACGCUGGACCUGCUUUUCAAAUCACAUCAGAUUGUGCCCAACUACAAAUGUGGCUUCCAGAAAAAUCUCAUUGGGGUCAUUGGUGGACUAAGUGCUGAUACCUCUGCAUGCAUGGCACAUGUCUUGGGUCUUUACAAGAUUCCACAGUUUUCAUAUGGUUCAUUUGAAACAGCAGUGAGUGAUGAAUCCCAUUUCCCAUCCUUUUACCGCAUGGUCCCCAAUGAAGCCCUUCAGUACCAAGGAAUUGUCCAACUGCUUCAACGUUUUGGGUGGAAAUGGGUCGGGCUCAUUACGCUGGACGAUGAAGGGGGAGAACGUUUCUUGCAGACCAUAGAGCCAAUGCUUUCCCAGAAUGGCAUCUGUUCGGUAUUCACAGAAAGAUUCCUAGCAAACUGGAACUUCUUUGACUUGGCUGACAAUAUGGAAAAUUGUGUCAGUUGUCCAGAAACUCACUAUGCAAACGAAUUCCAAGAUGAAUGCAUUCCUAAGAUUCCAAAUUUCCUAGCUUUUAAAGAAACAUUGGCCAUCAUUGCAAUUUCUUCAGUACUUCUAUUGUCUCUGAUCACAGCUCUGGUGCUUAGCAUCUUCAUUAGGCAACGUGACACAGCCAUAGUCAAAGCAAAUAACCGAAGCCUCACCUACACUCUCCUCAUCUCCCUCCUCUUGUGUUUCUUCUGUUCCUUCCUGUUCAUUGGAAAGCCUAAGAAGGUCACCUGCCUUCUUCAACAAAUUGCUUUUGGCAUUGUCUUCUCUGUGUCUCUCUCCACCAUCUUGGCAAAAACCGUAUCUGUGGUCUUGGCAUUCAUGGCUACCAAACCAGGAUCACAGAUGAGGAAGUGGGUUGGGAAAAGAUUGGCAUACUCCAUUGUCCUCUCCUGCUCCAAUAUUCAAGCAGGUAUCUGUGCUCUGUGGUUGGCAAUGUCUCCUCCAUUCCCAAAUGUCGACAUGACCUCAAUGACAGAACAAAUUGUACUGCUAUGUAAUGAAGGUUCUAUACUCAUGUUCUAUUGUGUUUUGGGAUACAUGGGUCUGCUGGCCAUUGUCUGCUUCACUGUGGCCUUCCUGGCCAGGAAGUUGCCUGACAGUUUUAAUGAAGCCAAAUUCAUCACCUUCAGCAUGUUGGUCUUUUGCAGUGUGUGGGUGUCCUUUGUUCCAACCUACCUCAGUACACAAGGAAAGUACAUGGUGGCUGUGGAGAUCUUCUCCAUCUUGGCCUCCAGCGCCGGGUUACUCUGCUGCAUCUUUUUUCCCAAAUGCUACAUUAUUCUGGUGAGACCUGAUUUGAACACCAGAGAGCAGCUAACGCAAAGAAAGACGUAA